AGACAACCCCAAAUAUAAUUGGGCCUUCAUUUUUCUUCGCCGAACUCAAUCUAUUGUUUUGGCAAAAACGGGUUUGGCCUGACCCAAGUUUCUAAAACAUUGGGUUGAAGAUCCGGUGGGGCAAAGCCCGUCUCAGACUGGUUUCCUGACUUUCCCCAAAUGGACAUUCAAGCUCCGUGUAACGCUUGCUACUCUCUCCACGGGCGGCGGGCACUUCACGCGCCGCCGUACUUCGUUAACUUCCAUUUGAACUCCGCCAGACGCAGCCACAAAGUGACUUCAGAGCUGCGACCACUGGCCGCCGUCGCCGCUCCAAGCGCUUCCAGCUAUCCCCUCUCGAAAGUUCCCGCUCACAAGGUCACCGUUCACGACCGUCAGCGCGGCGUCGUUCAUGAGUUCUUCGUUCCAGAGGAUCAGUAUAUAUUGCAUACAGCUGAGGACCAGAACAUAAGCCUUCCCUUUGCUUGCAGGCACGGAUGUUGUACUAGCUGUGCUGUACGUGUAAAAUCUGGGCAAAUACGACAGGCAGAAGCAUUGGGGAUUUCAAAUGAACUUAAAGCAAAGGGAUAUGCACUUCUGUGUGUGGGGUUUCCAUUAACUGACCUUGAAGUUGAAACUCAAGAUGAGGAUGAGGUAUAUUGGCUCCAAUUCGGAAGAUAUUUUGCCCGUGGAUCUAUUGAAAGAGAUGAUUAUGCCUUGGAAUUAGCUAUGGGAGAUGAGUGAAAAGUGAUCUAGAGGACCGAGGAGUUCAAGUGAUCAAGUAUGACAAAUUCUCUUUCCCUUGCAUUCUCAUGUAUCUACUUUUAUCAUAAAUGAAACAAUUUUUAAUUUAAAUAAAAUGGAUUGAGUUAGGAAAAAUAAGAUAAAUGCUUGAAACUGAAAAAAUUAGAAACAAUGUGAAGAAAAUAAUAAGAGGGAAAAUAUUCUGUAUAUUGAAUUGUUCUGCUAAGUACAAGGAGUUUCUCCUUUAUUUAUAGGAGAGGAUAAAGACCAAAACACAAAAGGAAUUCUAUUCCUACAAGGAAACAAAUCACUAAAUAUGAACAAGGAAACAAAUCAAGAGCAAUCCCACUU